AUGGAGAGCCUGAAGGGAAGAGAUUUAAAGUUCACACGCAUGAAAUCUCCUCAAGGAAGCAUGUCUCAAGCCAUACACGGAGCACAAACCACGAAAACUCGUAAGAGACAGAAUAUCAGAAACGCUCCCGGACAUCCUCGCCAAGCAGUACAGUGGACCAUGAGAAAUUCGCCCGGGUGGAGAAGUGAGAGAGAAACCCCCACGGAAGCUUUAUAA